AUGCUGACGAGGACAAAAGAAACGAAAGGCUCGGAUCAGGCGAUCGAAGAGGGAGGAGAGCUGGCGACGAGGUACGACGUGCGGAACACAAGGCUCCAGGGAUGGCAGAAGCUGUCUAGAGCGGGAGGGAGGUGGGUGGUGAGAGCCGGGAAGGAUGGGAAAAGAAAAGCAGAGAGGAAGGGUCAGGAAAGGAAAAAGGAAGAAGAGCAAGAGGGGCUGAAGGAGAGGGAAAGAAUGGGAAUGAUGGGAUGCUGCGACUACAACUUUCUCUCUUUCUCUCUCGCGCUCUCAACUUUAGGGGAGACCGACUGA